AUGGACACUCAAGGGGUACAACUUCUUCGGUCUAUAUAUAUUAGGUCUAUUGGGUACCCUGAAUAUGGAAUAAGAUAUUGCAUACCCGAGCUUACCUUCCGCACCCGAUCCGCCACUUCGGUUUCGCACCCACCGGUUGGCCCCGGUCCGCGUCGCCCCUCAACCACCCCCCCCACCCCCACCCCCACCACUACCAGGACCACCGCCGCCGAGCCCAGCACCCGCUACGAUUUCCCAAUCCCGGUGCCCGGCUGCCGGCUCGCCGCUCCCUCCCCUAGACGCAUCCUCAAUCCCAGCGUCCCACCUUCCUCAUCCCGGCGCGUCUCGGCCUCCCGUCGGCGACCCUCGGGCCAUCCCGGCGUAGUGCUGCGCGGUCGGCUCCCAUCCCGCCCCAGCGAUUCAUUCCGCUCGCCGUGUCAUCACCCGUUCCGAGUUCCGCCGCCGCCGCCCGUUGCGAGCUCCUCCGCCGUCGUCGCGGUCGACCGCCGGCCGGAGUCCUACGACCUGAUCCACCUAACGCGCGAGAACUCAUACAUCAGUUCGCCAUCAUUCGUGACUCCGUUCCAAGCUCCGCGAGGUCGCUCCGCUCCCGUCGCCGUCGCCCCCAGGUGCAAGCCGGACUGCCGGGCAACAUCGAUGGUUGAAAAGAUUCUCCAACUAGCUGCCCAUAUCACCCGCAAAAAUCACAUACCCCGUGCACCAAAUUGCUCAAUCCCUCCAAUUUCCUUAUCCAUCCUUCAAUCCCCACGGCCACAGAUCCAUUCCGUCGCAAUCGCUGCACACUGCGUCCACAGAUCAAGAAGAGUAGUGCACAGGAGAAGGAGAAUCAAAUUGCUUCCUAUCCCUCCCCUUACUGUCUUCUUGGCUGUGAAUCUGGAAGCCCAAUUUUUGGACGAUGCAGGCUACAAAUGCCAUUGUGUAAGAGGUCAAAAGCCAGCUGAAAGAAUGACAACAACGGACAAGACUGUUCUUCAAGCAGAUAGCGAAUAAAUUUGGAUUUAUUAUUCAAUUUGUAUUCCUUGUUUACGUAGUGUGAUUGGAAAUAUUGUACUGCCGCUACUUGGAACAAUUGUUGUGUUGCCCACGUACUGGCACAUGUGAAUUGUUUUUAAUCCAGUGUACCAUCAUUGACUUCAAAUAGCUAAAAUAUGAUCUUGUUGGGCACUCAA